AUCCCGCCUCUUACCAUUUUUUUCAUUUGGGAUACCUGGAAAUUUGUGAGACCUGAGAAACCAAUUCUUGUCCUUCCUCUCCUUCAACAUUUCUAAGACCCGAGACCCAUUUCCUCUCCUUCAACAUUUCUGAGACCCAUUUCCUUUCCCCAUUUCUUCGGCUUGGUACUACAUCCGAACUCCUCACUCUCUCUCUCUCGUCUAUCUCUAUCUCUCUGUCAACCUUCAAUUUCUAGUCGUUGGGAUCCUGGAGCGAGAAAAAGAGAAAUAAAAGGGGAAAAUCACUUUCGUUUCCUUUUUUUUUUAUGGUUUUUCUUUUCUUUCAUGAUCUGGUUCUGAAUUUUGAUGGUUUCUCUGAUUCCUCUUCUGCUUCGCCGCAAGAGCUACUCCGAUUGUCCCUCAGGCAUGGACUAAGGCUCGACGACUAUGGGACGUAGGCAGGGACUAAAGGUUGAUGAUGAUGGGAUCCAGACGGUGCUUUGGUGGUGAGGGCUAGAUCGGUGCAAGUGGUGGUCGACUGUGUCCUGUGCAAGGUCGGGGACAGACGGGGACUGAAGGGUGACGAAUAGAUUUUUUGGUACACGAGAUGAUUUGUUGCUCAGAUUAUUAUAUGCCCUUAACCUAAUUUUACUGCAGUCUUUGUAGACUCCAAGCUUCGGCACUUCGCAAUCGUCUCGUCGUUUUUGCUGUGUUAAAAUGGCUCUCACUCAACGGGAAUAAGAAUUUUACUCUGAAAAAGUCAGAGGAGGCUUUCACUGCUGCUAAGGGUCAUAUUAACUCUCAAAUGUGAACUGUGUUUCAGACUCUCUAAUUAUUUACUCAUGUUAACUCUCCACCACCUCCAACACGUGGAGGUCCACCCCCACCACCAUUGCGUGGGGGCCCAACUCCACCACCGCUUCCUGCAAUGCCUGGAGUUCCACCACCACCAAUUGACCUGAGGAGGGCAAACAACACUGAAAUUAUGCUCACAAAAGUUAAGAUGCCGCUUCCUGAUAUGAUGGCUGCAGUGCUAGCGAUGGAAGAAUCAGUAUUAGAUGUUGAUCAGGUGGAAAAUCUAAUAAAAUUUUUUCCUACUAAAGAAGAGAUGCAACUUCUCAAGGGCUACACAGGUGAGAAGGAGAGCCUGGGAAAGUGUGAACAGUAUUUUAUGGAGUUGAUGAAAGUUCCUAGAGUGGAAUCAAAAUUGCAAGUGUUCUCUUUCAAGAUUCAGUUCAACUGUCAGAUUUCAGAAUUUAAAAAGAGUUUGAACACUGUGAACUCUGCAUGUGAAGAGGCAAUUCAUGCUCUUAAAGACGAAAUUAGGGAAAUAAAUCAGCGUCUUAUUGACACUGUUAUUGAUAUUAGUAAGGAAUCAAGUGUUGUAGCAGCUGCUACUGAAGGAGGUGAAGGGACCAUUGUCAAGUGGAUUGAGCUUGGAAGUGGAUUUAUUUUCCUUAAGUUUUGUGUGGUGAUAUCCUCCCACUUUUACUGUCUGUUUAGAAUAGUCUUUUUACUUUAUUUUCAUGUCAAAUGCACUUGGAUUCUUAGAACAUAUGCAGCGCUAGAACCACUGCAGUUGCAAGGUUUAAGUGGGUCCAUAAAUAAUAUUUAUAUGAAGAUUGCCUACCAACGUCGCCUCUGCUAGGCAACCUUGCCAACCCUUUAUUUAUUUUUUUUAAAAGCUAAUAUUUUAAAAUAAAUUGUCAACUUUUGGCAACCAAUUGUGUUGCUACCAUUGGAGAUGCCCUUAGUUACAGUUCUCCUCUAUGUUUUAUCAAACUGCUUCUAAUUUGCACUUUUCAUUCCUUAUCCAUAAAUCAUAAAGAUGUCUAGAAGUUAUUUCAUGAAGUUCAUGAUAAUGCACUUGGAUUCUCUCUGAUUUUUUUUUUUUAAAGAAAUCUUCAAUGUCAGUGAUAUGUGCAAUUAGAGUUGUUUUGUUUAAACAUGAUAUUAGACUUGUUUUACUGUUCUUGCAUGUCUUACUGUUCAUUCUAUCCAAUAGGGUAGCUGGAUGCCUAAUUUCUGAACCAAUAGAGAAGGUAUUCAAAGUCAUCUCAAAUUCAGCAGACAAAGUUGCUAUUAACACAAAAGAACAAAGAACCAAACUAACCAUCCUCCAAUUUGGGGAUAUUACUUUUCAGAGGGAGACAAUGAAAAGAUCUCAUUCUGCUAGUAAUACUAACCUAUUGGAUGGAGACCUUGGUAGCGCAGUUGUUUGCGAGGAGGUAGCAGUGCCGGCUGUCUGUGGCAUUAGAGCAAUUUUGGUGUCUCCUGUCAACAGAAGAAAAUGAAUAGCCACUCAGUUGUUGGAUGAAGUGAGCUAUCACCCAAUACCAGUUGUGUUCUCUGAGGCAAAGGGAUCAUGUAUAUGGGAUCCUGAAGGCAAAUGGUAUCUAGACUUUCUCUCUACUUUUUCUGCAGUUAAUCAGUGCUGCUGCCUCUUCAAUGUCUGCACUAAAGCAGCCAACCGUUCGAGUUCAGGCUAUCAUUACUAAAGGUGUACCGAGUCAGAUGCUAAGCAAUUGAUUGUGGCUAUCAUUGCAUUAUUUUCUUAUGAUCGAGUUGUGGCUAUCAUUGCAUUAUUUUCUUCUGAAAAUUUGAGAAACUUCAUGUUGCAGAAACUAUUAGUACUAAAGAAUUAUGUCAACAUGUAAUAAUAAGAAUCACUAUAACAUAUCUGUUAUGUAUGUCUCACAAUGUGGUUAUCUAGGCUAUCAAAAAGUGGUUAAAACAGCUAGUGACCAUAACUGUUUUAACAAAAUUCCUCAA